AUGACCUGCUCCAUUGGUCAUCCUCGUGGACAGGUACAUUUUACUGAAAAAGACUACGUGCAGGAAACUAUUCAUGGGCGCAAACCCUCCAUACAGAGACUUAAGUCUACUGCCAUUCCCAGCCUAUUUUCCUGGACCAAGCAAGAGACUGAACCGUCCCCAAAAAGAAAAAUCAGGGCAGUUACCUGUGAAAACAAAAGAACUAAACUUGAUGAAUAUUGUAGUAGAAAUCUAGAGGAAAGUUUUGAUUGUAAAGUUGGUUUUCCUGAAGAAGUCAUUCAUACUGCAGAAAGGAUUUAUGACUGUCCACCACCAACUGUCGAGCUAAUGUUGAGCUUCACAGAUGGAAUUACGCAAACACCAUCAAUGCCUAUGUUUUCAGCAGAGAAUUUUGAAAUGAUGACAUGUGACACAGCCAUUCAUUUUUAUACGGGUUUAGAGUUGUAUACUAAAUUUUUAUUUGUUUUGACCACACUUGGUCCAGCACACAUUGUUUGAGAUACAUAUAUUUUCAAAUUGAUAGGGUGUCAGUCUUAUACGGGAUUGAAAAGUCUCCAAUUAACACUUGCACAUAGAGCAAAUUAUUGGACUUGGCAAAACAUACAAAAUUCUAAUAAAUCCUAUGAAUGGAACUGAAACAAAACUUUCAUCUGAAAUAACAUUUAGUUGUAUUAUGUUGUGUAAUUUUAGAACUUGUAUUAUGCCAAAGGAUGCAUAAAUAUAAGUGACGCAAUGAA